AACUCUCCCCCAAUGACCGCCCUGACAAUACCGUCUGACCCUUUCGCAUCCCAAUUUAGUGAAUUCCUCCCUUUCUCUCUAUCUUUUCUCUUCCUGAUCCCCUCUGACCCGUUACUUCCCUGACUGUUCUGUCACACAUUCUGCGUGUACGUCGUCGUUUUCCGCCUCCCUUAAAAUCUCUCUCAUCAAUGCUGCUACUAGUUUCGGUAUAUAGCCUUUUGAGAUUCUACACGCACCCGGUUUAGCAGGCGAGCCCGAUUCCAGAGUUAUUACUUACAUCCGCCCAAAACCCUUGAAGAAGACAACCCUCUCCCCCCCUCUCUUUCUUUAUUAUUCAAUUAUUAAAUUUAUUCUUCUUCCCGUUCUUUUAGUUCUUUAAUUAGUCAAUACAAUUAAAUCACGCAUGAGAGUUCCAUUAUCCGCUUUUAAUCACACGUUAAUAAGAUUGUCAGUUUUCCCACUAUAAAUAAACAUCCCACGGGUUUCUUUCUUAAUGGUGAGUUUCAGUUAGACCAGAAAUCGUAGCAACAAAGAAGGCAAAGUUUGCACCGAGAAGAGGAGAUAGAAAGAUCACGCAUCUUUUCUGAUACAACGAGAACACGAACCUUCUGGCUUUGAACCUACCCGCCCACGAUUUCGUUUCGGUUCUGGCUUCCAAUUAAAUGGCCUUGAUAUGUGUCAACAGAAAAUCGCACUCCCUGGUGAUUCCUCCUCCUCCUCCUCCAUAGAGAUAGGAUGGCAGUUCAUGCUCAUUUUUAUUCAGAAGGUACCGGAUUGCCCGUACGUUUUCCGGAUUGGGCAGGGACUGGUCAAGUACUUGGAAUGGAUAACGGCCUUCUUCUCAGUCUUCCACAACCUUCACAGCCUCAGUUCCAGCAGCACCAGACCUACCAAAACUCUGGUUUUGGUCGCAAUGAGGGGUCUUCGUUUUCCUUCACAUGUUAUAGUUUCCCGUCCACGUCUCUCUCUCAUGCUUUAAAUACGCAGCUGGAAUUACAGAGACACGAGCUUGAUCGCAUGCUUCUAUCACAGAACGAGAUAUUAAGGCAGGCCCUGCAACAUCAAAGAAAGGAGCAGGUGGCAAUCCUACUGAGCGCUCUGGAAUCAAAAUCGCUGAGCUUGAUGAGGCAAAAAGAGGAUGAUCUGAUGCAGGCGAAAAAGAAAACUAGAGAGCUGGAGGAUUGCUUGAGAAAAGCAGAGAUGGAAAGCGAAGCGUGGCAGAGACUAGCCAAGGAAAAGGAGGCCAUGGUGGUAAGCCUGACGACCACACUGGAACAGGUAAGAGAGAGGGGAGUGUGGGAUGGUAACAGAGCUGAAGAUACAGGGUCUUGUUGCGGUCCAAGUGAGGAGAGGCAAUACAGAGAAGAGGAGGAAAAGGUGGAAAGACGGAGAAAGAGAAUGGCUUGUAAAAGCUGUAACUCUCGGAGCUCGUGUGUACUGUUCCUGCCUUGCAGACACAUCUGCUCUUGCUAUUUCUGCGAAGCCUUGCUUGACUUUUGUCCUGUGUGUAAUUCUGCCAAAGAGGGCUGCGUGGAGGUGCUUUUGGCCUAGCACAAUUCCUUUGACAAAAAUAAAGGAUAUUGACAAUUAUAAAAGCCUGUAGUCUGGAACAGCGCCUUUGUUGAGGCUUGUUCGUUGUUACCACUUCCGAUUACGUGUGAACUGGCACCCAGCUUUGCCAACAGCAAAUUCGGAGAUACAGCCAAAUUUGGCUACGCUGUUCCAUGCCAUCGAUGCCUCUCUUGCCAUUUUGUAAAACCAACCGAGAAAAGUGGAAAUAUGUACGUCACUCCUUUACUUUGACUGUGUAACAAUCGCUUA